AUGCCCAACUCGAGUCCAGAUCAAUCUCCCACCUCGGCCGGCGGUGUGGAAGAACCAAGCUCACCGGUUCAGGCCGACUUCACCGACGCACAACUGAAGCCAGCUCCUCUCCGCUUGACGAGGAAGAGUAACUCGAGCGGCGGCCAAAGUGACAAUAGCCUAUCUCGAAGUACCUCAUCAGCCACCUCAGGCAGAACUCCCAACGGUGCCAACCGGAACAACAGGGAGAGUCUCAACACCAUCAUCCACAGAGCUGCAACCCCAUCUACCUUCCGAACAGCUCCCAGCCAAACCUCCCCCAAAUUCGCCUCUUUGGUGUCCAAGUUUGAGAUAUUGGAUGUCAUGGGCAAUGCUGACGCCGGAGCCUUGCGGCUUCCAUCUCCAGAAAAGAACCAAAAGCCACCCAGGGUCCCAACAACACCAGAGGAAGCAGAGUUACAGCGUGCCACACAACGUCAAAGCCAGCAUCAAACCGAAAACUGGUCAAGCCAGAAACACGUCCACAUCUCCCUACCCAAAUCGUCUCAGGCCCAGCGAGGAGCGCGUUCUCAGGGAGUGUCUUCUGAUGCCAAAGUUCCCAUUGCAAACGGACCAAAACAUUGGGAUCCGAGUAAUGUUGCAGAGAGGCGAAAGCUCUUUGAGUCGGGAAGCACCGGUAUGUUUACUGCCCCAUCAACUGUUUCAAAAUGCCUCCCAAUUGUCACCCCAGUUGUCACCCGUACGGUUGCACGUGUCCCUUCACAGGGUGAACAGAAACGGGGUUCCGAGAUCGUCAAGCCUGACCAGCCCUUCGCAAUCUCGGCGCGGCGACCCGUUGCUGCUCAAGUCUCGGCUCCCGCUCUAUCAUCUCAACAGUCGGCAACAGAAGGCGUCGGACCAAAGAGAGAAAGAAGGAAGAGUGUUGCUGCCCUUCGAAUGUCUUUCGAGCGCUCAUCUCUGCCCGAUCUCCAACCAGAAACACCAAGCUCUGCCCACCGGCCGUUCCGUCGGACGCUCACCCAAGGCCUAUCGACAGCCACAGAAGUCCCCACACCGGUGACGCCCGGGCGAGGAUCCAAGGAUCCCAUUACACCAACGAGGGUCAGAACCCUUCGUUCUUCAGAGGUCUUUGCUCAGACGUAUCCUCGCCUAGGACAGGCGACAAACCAGCCUGUCCAUGGAGGUGACAGUAAUGCCUCAUCGAGGCUGAAGCAAACACAGCUUCACAACACAGCUUCUCGCCUCGUCGGUUCGCAUGAUGGCAACGUUUCUGAUGCUGAGGUGGACUCGCGAAGACCCGUCACCCGAAAGAACAGCGAUACCCCAACAAGGGCAUCAGCGCGUACUUCCACACGCCGUCCCAGCUCCCAGCACCCCUUGCUUCUUUCACGCACGCUCUCUGUCAAGAUUACCACCGGACCCCAAACCAUGGUAACCCUUCAGCAGCCGUGGGCGAGCCACUCAGCUUCAGGGUCCCUGCCCCUCCCCACCUCCCAUAGCCACGGCUCUCUGGACCAGAGGAAGCUCAAGUCAGGCAGUUCCAGUGAGACUUCGGCAUCAGCACCACUCGCCCCUGCGAACAGAGUCAAGGAUCUGCAAAAGGUCUUUGACAACAACCCCACGGGUCCAGGCUCGGCGCCGUUCCUACCCUUCAUCCAAAAGCGCAGGGCACAGACCUUGACCCUUCCAGUUCUCGUCAAGUCCACCCUUAGUGCACCCAUCAUGGUAUCGACCACCGUGGCCGUGACAACCCGAAAAGCAUCCCGUCGUUCCUCACAGCAACAACAGCAACAUCAGAGCUCAGAUGUGAUUCCCGAGACCGCUAGCUCCACUGCCUCGAGCGUGGUACGCACACGCAAGCGGAGCAAGACUCUACCGUCGUCACUCGGUGGGUACCGGCGUAAGACUUCGGGUCCUGCUGCCGGUACUGGGUCCUCUUUGGGCUAUACCAGCUACUUCCAGCGUAGGAAGAUCAAGAAGCAGCAGAAGCAGAACAUGAAGAGCGUUGGGGCCGGGGAAGAUUCGCCAGUCAAGGAGCGUAUCAGUCUCUUUGAGCAGCUCGGCGGCGGCGGCGGUCGCGGGGGCAGCAGCAGCCACGGUCACUCAAGGAACGGUGGCAACGGCUGUGGUAGCAUAGUGGGUCUGCCGCUGUCGAUGCACAGCAAGCGGAAGUCGUCGGAGACUACCAGUUCUUCUCAAUCCCGCAGCGAUCGUUCGUCUCAAGAUACAGAUCUGGCCGCCUUUGGUAGGAAGGGCCGUGGAAGUUCAUCCUCUGGGAGCAAGGUGAUGAGGGUGUUGUCUUUUGGCACGAGCGGAAAUCGGGACAACGGCAACCGCAGCAGUAGAAAUGGUAAGGCGCUUCGGGCUGCGGGGCGGAAAAUCAGCAAUGCCGUGUCGAUGUCGAUGUCGAUGUCCAAGAGGAAAGAUAGCGGAGACGGAGGUGAGGGCAAGGGGAAGAGCAAGCUGAAAGGGAGUGAUGGAACCAAGGCGCAACCGCUCGUCAUGAGUUCGACGAACAAGGAGACGGGCGAGUCGACGUUCUUUGUGAAAGGCGUGUUGUGGAAGGUGUCGGGCUCGCACGGGGAUCUGGAUCUCAAUGUCGCGGUGACAGAGGGCCAAAGCAGUCCAGAGCGAGAGGAACGCAAGCGUGGUGAGUCGACCACAGAAACCACCACGACGUCGUUCCCGAGCACAAGAGCGUCUGCUUCUGGGUCUGGAUCCGGGUCGUCGGGGUCGGCGGGGGCUAUUGCUCGGCACCCCGUCUUACAGCACUGGCCGCACCUGGACAAGGUCAACCGGACAGUACCACACCAUCCACAUGACCGUAAAAGCUAUGGGUUUCUGUCGCUUGAGGAUGACAAUGUAGCCCCGGAAUGGUCUCGAGGCCUGGACGAUGAUGACCCCUUUCUUCAACCGACGCGGCAACCUGAAGUUGUCACCGGCAGCAGCAGCAAGAUCAAGAAGAGCGCAACGGCACCGAAUGAUGUCGGCAUCAUGGGCCGGAAGCGAGGCUUUCUCCCCACCAGAAGAUCUCAUGGUGAUGUUGUCGAAGCUGCCCGCGGUCCCUCUACUUCCCUGAGGAAGAGCUUCACCAUGGCUGUGCUGCCUCGGCUCUCGAGCGGCAACAGCAGCAAUGAUGACCAUAGCCAGGAUGGUGAAGGGAAGCAGAAGGGUAACAAGUUGACCAAGGAAAAAGGAAAGGAAGUAAGAACGACAUCGUUCCCACCCUCCUUGGUCGAUCAUGUGCAAUCCCGUCGGCAAUCGAGCAUCUCUUGGGGGCAGAGAGCAGCAGCCGCUGCGUUCGGAAUCGGUCAGAGGUUGAAGGAACGUAAAGGAAGCGGCCGGUCGUCGUCACUGUUGGGGAAGGGUGUUGAGGCUGGUGCGGGCACUGGUACCGGUGGGAACAGUAGUGCCAAUAGUGACAUUACUGCCUCUGCCGCCACCACCACCGCCGCCGUGGCUGUUCCCAUUCCCAUCAGUACUAUUACCACAGAGUCGCUGCGUCAUGACGAGUAG